AUGAAGCUGGAAGAGUUGAACUUCAAGAAGAUUGCCAUCAUAUGUGCCUGUACGCUGGUCGGUGGGUUGGUGUUCAGUUUCGGGAUAUUUCCGCCGCUGCUUCGGUUCAUGAUCAAGCAGAAUGUCCUACUGAAGCCGGGCACGCAGAUGCGGUGGAUGUUCGAAAAAAUGCCCUUUCCCCUCGACUUCAAGGUGUACCUGUUCCACGUGACCAAUCCGGACGACGUCAUGCAGGGCGGCAAACCCCAUGUCCAGGAAAUAGGACCAUACCAUUUCGAAGAGUGGAAGGAGAAAUACGACACCGUAGACAACUUGGAGGACGACACUUUGACCUUCACGCUGAAGAACACCUGGAUCUUUCGUCCGGACCUGUCGCUUCCGCUCACGGGCGACGAAAUGAUUACCUUACCGCAUCCGGUGGUCAUGGGAGCGCUCUUGAUGGUCCAGCGGGAGCGGGAAGCCAUGAUGCCUCUGGUUUCCAAGGGCAUGAACAUCAUAAUGAAUCCACUGAGUACGGGAUUUUUGACGACACGAGUCAUGGACUUGCUUUUUGAUGGGAUAAUGAUCGACUGCAGUAGUCAUGACUUUUCGGCCAAGGCACUCUGUUCCGGAUUGGAGUCGGAAGGAGUCGUUAUACCGUACAACGAGACUCACUUCAAGUUUUCUUUGUUUGGCGUGAGAAACGGAUCGGAAGCAGGUCGAUGGGUGGUCUACCGAGGAGUUAAGAACAUUAUGGACCUUGGACGUGUCGUCAGCUACAACGACGAACCCGAAAUGGAUGUCUACGACGGUGAUGAAUGCAAUCGGUACAUCGGAACGGAUUCGACCAUCUUUCCACCGUUUAUGACGACGCAGGACAAGUUGUGGGCUUGGUCACCGGAAAUUUGUCGCUCGUUAGGAGCUCAUUACGUCGGAAAGUCCAAGUAUGCGGGGUUGCCGAUGAGUUUCUACAAGCUGGAUUUUGGAGAUCUGAAGAAUACUCCUGAACUUCACUGCUUCUGUCGUGAUCCACCGGACGAUUGUCCACCAAAGGGAACGAUGGACUUGAGUCCUUGCUUGGGAGCUCCGUUCAUCGGUUCGAAGCCGCACUUUUACGAUGGAGAUCCAAAGCUGCUAGCCGACGUCGAUGGACUGGCACCCAACGAGAAGGACCACGACAUGUUCAUUCACUUCCAAUUGCAUUCGGGAACGCCGGUUUCAGCCGCCAAGCGAUUGCAGUUCAGCAUGGAAAUCGAACCGAUUCGGGAUAACGAAGUAAUGGGACAACUGCCGGAAGUGAUUUUACCCGUGUUUUGGGUGGAAGAAGGCGUUUCACUCAACAAGACCUGGACCAACCAGCUGAAGUAUCAACUGUUUCUCGGUCUCAAGUUCAACGCCACGGUCAAGUGGCUCACCAUCAUCAUCGGAACGAUCGGAACAAUCGGUGGCGGGUUCAUGCACUACAAGCGUUCGUCCAAAACCGUAAAUGUCACCCCGGUGGAAGCCAUCAACGGUAAGGAUGAUGACAAACCGAAGGGAAGUGAAGUGGCGGCUCCGGUGGAUUUGGUCAGCAUCAACAAUAGCAGGAAUUUACCGGCCGUUAUCGAUGGUUUGAAUAAACCUUCGAAGGAGCGUGUGAAUUGUCGCUGUCCUAAAGUGGUCGCCGUUAUGGACGAGAUAAAGAAAAAACUCGAACAGAUUAACUUCGACGGUAUCAACAUCAGAAAGAUUGCCAUCAUUAGUGUCUGUACGUUGGUCGGCGGGUUGAUGUUCAGUCUUGUGCUGUUUCCUUCGCUGAUCAAGUCCUUGAUCAGGCAGAACAUGCAGCUGAAACCGGGCGGUGCGGUGCGUGCCAUGUUCGAGAAGGUUCCUUUUGCACUCGACUUUAAGAUGUACCUGUUCCAUGUUAUCAACCCGGAUGAUGUUAUGAAGGGUGGCAAGCCUAGGGUUAGGGAAGUAGGACCGUACUUUUUCGAGGAGUGGAAGGAGAAAUACGAUACCGAAGACGACGAUACAGAUGACACGAUGACUUUCAACCUGAGGAACACCUGGAUUUUUCGCCCGGACCUGUCGGUACCGCUGACGGGAAAUGAAAUUAUUACCAUACCCCAUCCGUUGAUCCUGGGAGCGUUGUUGAUGAUCCAGCGGGAUCGACAAGCCAUGCUACCGAUGAUUUCCAAGGCCCUGGACAUCAUUAUGCAUCCCAUGACUACGGGAUUCUUGACGACACGGGUCAUGGAUUUGCUAUUCGAUGGGAUACUGAUCGACUGCAGUAGUGAUGAGUUUGAAGCGGUUGCACUCUGUGCCGGAUUGGACUCGGAGGGAGCCGUUGCUCGCCACAACGAGACUCAUUUCAAGUUUUCGAUGUUUGGAUUGAGAAACGGAACGGACGCUGGUCGAUUUAAGGUCUAUCGUGGAAUUAAGAACGUUAUGGACAUUGGACGCGUCGUGAGCUACAAUGAUGAAACCGAAAUGGAUAUUUACGAUGGCGAUGUGUGCAACAAGUACAUCGGGACGGAUUCAACCAUCUUUCCACCGUUGCUGACGAAGAAGGACAAGUUGUGGGCUUGGUCACCCGACAUCUGCCAAUCGAUUGGGGCUCAUUACGCCGGGAAGUCAAGCUAUGCAGGGUUGCCGAUGAGUUUGUACAAGCUGGAAUUUGGCGAUUUGAGGAAAGAUCCGGAUCAUCAAUGCUUCUGCCGCAAUCCACCGGACGGUUGCCCACCGAGGGGAACAAUUGACUUGGCACCCUGUUUGAAAGCACCGAUCAUCGCUUCGAAGCCCCACUUUUACGACGCUGAUCCAAAACUGCUGGCUGCCAUCGAUGGACUUACGCCCAACGAGAAGGAGCACGAUGUGUUCAUUCAUUUCCAUCUGGUAACGUAUCCGGUUUGAUUUUUUUUCUAUAUUGAACAUAAUCCGGAUUCCUUCUAGCUGUCGGGAACCCCGGUUUCGGCCGCCAAGCGAUUGAUGUUUAGCAUGGAAAUGGAACCGAUUCGUGAUCACGAACUGCUGGGAAAGUUGCCGAAAGUAAUUUUUCCCAUGUUUUGGGCGGAAGAAGGCGCCUCGCUCAACAAGACCUGGACCAAUCAGCUGAAGUAUACACUGUUUCUCGGCCUCAGGAUCAACUCCACCAUCAAGUGGGUAUCCAUAAUUGUCGGAACGGUCGGAAUCAUCGGAGCCGGAUUCAUGCACUACAAGGUUUCGACCGGAACCGUAAAUGUCACCGUGGUAAAACCCAUCAAUGGAAAGGGCAAACCGAGUGGAAACGGAGUGGCCCCGGCCCCAACUAACAACAACGACGUCAUCAACAACAACAACAAUAAAAACAGCACCGUCGUUGGUCACGUCACGGCUACCGUCAUUCCGGCCGGCAAGGAUGUGGUUAGCGUCAACAAUAUGAGGAAUUUGCCUACCGUCAUCGACGGUUUGGACAAACCACCGAAGGUGAUUGGCACCGAGGUGCAGAAGGAACGAUACUGAGCGCAAGCGAUCCUGAAGCGGAAUAAUCAACUUUUAUAUCACUGAUGCAAUCCUCAUGGGCACCUACCCCCAUCUCAUCACGCACUCAAUGGUAUAUAAUGGGCAGCAUUGUAUUGUAUGGCAGUUUAGCAGAAUUUAAUUUUACGAUUCAAGAAUUAAGCCAUCAGCAGCAUCCUCUCUCAGUGGGGCUUUCGCUGUGGAAUUAUAUUUUGUUGUCUGUAGAAACGUAGAGCAAAAUGAAUAAUCAUGAAAAGAGAAAUUUAAUCCCGGAUGGUAGUCCUUCC